AUGUUGUUUCGAAAGAAGUAUAAUGAGAUCAACCGAGUGACCAUUUGCACUUUCGCUGGAUGGAUAAGCCCCGAUGUGCCUCGGGUUCUUCACAUCUGUCACAACUCGCGUUCAGAAGGGCUCAAGAUCUACCAACCAUCAUUCGGACUGUACUCCGACCGACCGAGAAUAUAUUUCGACUUCCCGAAGGACACUUUGUGCUUCGGUCCUGGAACAUUAAACGACUAUGAUCCACCUUUAAUGUCCGGCGACCAUGGUCGGUCAAACUUCUACUUGCUCGACAUCUUUCGCGGUGGUUGGCUUUACGGAGUUAAUGAUGCGGAUAAGGUCAAAUUCAUGAUCGUCGAGGUUGAUGACACUGCCUAUCAACGGCGUAAUUUUAUUUGGGACGAGAUCCGUCUAUUCUUUGCUUCGCAAGAGCUUACAAUUAUUCCCUCGGUGGAUAUUGUUUUAUCUGAUGAACUCAUGCUUGGGUAUGGGAAAGCGCUAGCAUUGGUUGCUCGACAAUAA